AUGAAUUCUCAAGUAAAACAAUUUGAUCAUUUAAAUAAUCGUCUUGAUUCUGUUGCAAAUCAUUUGCAAUCAUCUAUUGGAAAAUUUAGUCUUGGCCCUAAAAAUUCUUCAAAUGAUAAUAUAGAUAAUUUACCUAUUUUACGUGAUUAUAAUGCAAUUAUCAAUGGUACUUUUGCAUCAUUUAUAACACUUUCACGAAAAAUUGGUGGUGAAUUAUCAGUAAUUAUUGAUCAUGUUAUACGUUUAUUUGAAGCACAACGAGAAUUUCUUCGAUUUGCAAUACAAACUAAAAAACCAGUUAAUGAUCAACAAAUAGCUGAUUUAAUUAAAUCACAAUCAAGUGAAAUUGAAGCUAUUGUUGCUUUUACAAAUAAAAAUCGUAAAGCAAUAUUAUUUAAUCAUUUAUCAACAAUAUCAGAAGGUAUUCCAGCAUUUGGUUGGAUUCUUAUUUCACCAACACCUGCUCCACAUAUUAAAGAAAUGUGUGAUGCAGCACAAUUUUAUUCGAAUCGAGUUUUAAAAGAUUACAAAGAUAAAGAUCCUAUACAUGUUGAAUGGGUUAAACAGUGGGUAAAAAUAUUAAAUGAAUUACAUGCUUAUGUUAAACAAUAUCAUACAACUGGUUUAACAUGGGGUAUACAUAGUCAAAAUGAUUUAAAUACUAAUUCUGCUCGAAAUCCAUUACCAACUCCUCCGACAUCUUCAUUUUCAAAUAUUCAAAUUAAUGAUAAAGCACCACAAAAUGGACUUAUGAGUUCAAUUAAUUCUUUAGGUACAGGUGUAACAUCUCAUUUAAAAAAAGUACCAGAUGAACUUAAAACUCAUAAAAAUCCUCAUUUAAAAGAACAACCAAUUGAACGAACAAAUAAAUCUCAAAUAAUUACAUCAAAUACUUCAUCACAAGUAACUUCAGGUCCACCAAAAUUAGCUCUCGAAGGUAAUAAAUGGAUUGUCGAAUAUUAUAAUAAUCGAACAGAUUUAAAAAUAAGUGAAACAAAUAUGAGACAUACAAUCUAUAUUUAUAAAUGUACAAAUUCAACAAUAACAGUUCAUGGUAAAGUUAAUUCAAUUGUACUUGAUCAAUGUACAAAAGUUGGAAUACAAUUUACAUCUGUUGUAUCAUUAAUUGAAUUUGUUAAUUGUCGUAGUGUAAAAGCACAAGUAUUAGAUAAUGUUCCAACAGUUCAAAUUGAAAAAACUGAUGGUUGUCAUAUUUAUUUAUCAAAAACAUCUUUAAAUACAGAAUUUAUAACAUCAAAAUCAUCGGAAAUGACAAUUAAUGUUCCAUUUGGUGAUGGAGAAUAUAAAGAAUAUCCAAUACCAGAACAAUUCAAAACACAUUUACAAGGUGGAAAACAUCUAGUUACUGUACCAAAUGAACCAUCAGGUGUUUAA